AACAAGGGAAGAUAGUCGUUUGUGUGAAUCUGAACUUAGCAUUAAGCUUGGUUUCUUAGAACAUCAUCAGAAGUUGGGUUUUGGAAUUUGAAAUCUGAGAGAGAUAUGGAGAGUGAAAACAAACAAGUUAUGCAGCAGGAUAAGAAGCAGAAGAAGAAGGAGCUUGAGGUCUUCGAUAUCCUAAAGGAAGCUGUUGGCUUAAUCUUUCUUAAGAACAUCAACUUCAUCAUCUUCACCUUCCUCUGUUCGCUUCCACUCUUCUGUUUCAUGGUUUACUUCGAAACCUUCCUCCAAGAAACUCUAGCUGAAACCUCAGACAUUCUCAACAUACCACCUGAUUACUCGCGAUAUUAUCAUCGUUCGUAUCCAGACGAAAUCCUUGGAAGAUUCAGUAAAAAUUAUGUCCUUAAGCUGAUUCAACUCGGAUUAAUCUACUUGGUGCCUCUCCAUGUCUUAGAUCUCUGCUCUGCAAUUGUUACUAUUGAUUUGGCAUCAAAGCUACGUUCAGGAGAGAAGCAUAUGAAUCUCAAGGACAUGUUUCAGAAAUGCAUUGACACAACCAACUUGGGAGGCACGUUUAUAACUUCCAUAUUUGUGCAGUUCUUAACUAACUGUCAUAUGCUUGGAUUACUAUUUAUAGUCACCAUCUACUUAGUUGUGUUGAGAUAUGUCAGUUUCUAUGGGCUAUUCGCAGUAAUUUGCAGUCUGGGUUUUGCAAAACUGUUAGGAAUGUAUUUAGAAUGGAGUGCUACGUGGAACAUGAGUAUUGUGAUCUCAGUAUUGGAAGGGAUUCAUGGGAUUGAUGCGUUAGUACUUUCUGGUUAUUUCAACAGAGGCUGUCAGAGGAGAGGGCUGUUUCUGAUGCUUUUUUUCUUUGCCUGGGGACAAUUUUUAAGGAUUCCAUGCCUGUACAUAGGAUGCUACAAAGAGGGGAAUGGAAUCAUAGUACAGGCAGGAUUGUUCUGUGUGGUGAAUCUGCUGAAAUGGGUGGCCUGUAUGAUCUAUUUCCAUGAGUGCAAGGAAAGGAAAGUGAAGAAGAAGGUUGAUGAGGAACUGGGCAAAGACACUGAAGCUGUUCAUGAAUGAAAGAACUAAUUGGUGGCCACAAAGUGAAUGGUGCAGUUUAUUUGAUAUAAGAACUAAGAUUGGGCUACUGGCAAUCAAGCUUGAGAAAGAGAUUAGUAAUUACUCUCAUCUAGUUGAGUAAGGAGUUAUAUUUAUCUCUAUUGUUAUAAAUAAUCUGAAAUAUCUAUGUGUAUAUAUAUAUAUCAUAAAACAUCAGUUGUUUCUUAUCAAAUUUCAACCUGCUCAUCCCAUGAAGGCUUCAAGAGUAGUUGUGUUUGCUUUCUAUCUGCCGUUCCCAGAUGCAUGUGGUAUUGGUAUGUAAAACUUUGUUUGUAUGAUUGGUUUAAACAAUAUAAACAGGCCAAACCAAA